AUAUGGUUGCUGUUGCUCAAGUAUCUAAAAAGGUAAUCCUUGCUGGAGAUCCCCAUCAAUUGCAAGCAGUCGUUAUAAACAGAUGUGCUUGUGAACGCGGUUUUUCGCUAUCAUUUUCGGAGAGAAUUAUUUCACGUGCUCCAUACUUAAGAAAUGUUGAUAGUUUCCCCUUACAUGUGGUUUUGACCUUCGCCUGGUUACAAAAUUACUCUACAAUUACCGGUCGUUGCCAUACUUAACGUUUAUGAUGAACUUUUUUACAAUGCGGAACUGGUACCAAUGAUAAGAGAAGAGAAUUCUAGACAAGCUAAAAUGCUGAAGCAACUUGACGAUAUACUGCCGCAAUCACCAAAUCGACCCAAAACACAUGGCAUAUUCUUCUGCGGAAUAAGUAGUGAAAAUAUGCAGGAAAAAGACUCACUGUCGUGGUAUUUUCAUUACGAAGCGAAGAAAUAUUUCGUAACAUAUAUUUCAUUUUUGAAGGUCUUUCUAAUGGCAGUUAAAUUGCAUCGUAAUAACAUUAAACCGGAAUCUAUUGGCAUCAUAAGUCCGUACAUGAAACAGGUUAAACAUUUGUGCGACCUUUUUGUUGAUGCCGAUGUAGCAAUGCCUAAAAUUGGUUCUGUGGAGAAAUUCCAAGGACAGGAACGCGAUAUAAUAUUAAUUUCAACAGUGAGAUCAAGCAAGGAGCAUAUAUGUACCGAUGUGCCCCACGAUGCAUUAUAUUUCAUCAACGCGGCGAUAUCUCGACCUUGUUGUAAUAUACUGCAACCCCUAUUCCCUUUUGGAUUCUCGUUGGCGCACGAUUAUGAAGUACUGCGUCAAUAAUGAUGCCUACUUCGGUUGUGACUUGCCAGCAACGUUGUCUGACCCAUCAAAACUAGCCGAGGGGACAGGUAACAAUCAAGAUAAUUAAGUUAUUUUUGGCCUCAAUAUUCAGUCCUUAACAUUAAUUAAUAAACAAAAAUAAGACUA